UUGUCCAUUAUUAGCCAUCCGAGCCACCCAGACAGGGGACGGACUGACUGAAACACGAUGUUAGCAGUUAGCGUUUCACCCCUGCAACCCAAAAAUUUACUUGACAAUUUUAAAGGCGGGGUUGGAAUCCAAAUGCUCAGAAUCCCCCAUAGGACCACCACUGUGACACCACUCAUUUUUAUUCCAGCACAUAGGAAAAAUGUUUAUCAAAGGUGAAAUUUAGAGAGUUGGUAUUUUAAUCUGAACAGCCGCUAACAUAGCCUAAGAAAUACACAGCACGCCAUCUACCCACAAGAUUUAACUAAACAAAACUGUAAUUGCCUUUGUGCUAAAUAAAGUUUUAGAUUUGUGCAAUAAAUCUAACAUAGUUGACAAUAAAUCAAAAUCACAUGGUGUUGAACAGCCUUCAUGGAGCAUACAUAAAAAAGUUUCUUUCACACACACAUACGCAUGCACGCAUGCACACACACACACGUACACAUACACACACACGCACACGUACACACACACACGCACGCACGCACACACACACACGUACACAUACACACACACACACCCACACACACACACGUACACAUACACAAACUAUUGCAAGCGCCUUAACUAGAGCUCAGUCAGUUUGUGUAAUUUCAUCCAGCGGUUUACGUAAAAACUAACACUUUUAUAUACGUGUUUGAAGCCAUUAUGCAGUGGAACGCUGGCAACAAAGCUCUGCCUGAUCAACACUAUAAAUGAUAAAUGAUCCACACUUGUAUAGCGCCUGUCAGAGUUAGGACUCCAGAGCGUUUUACACUACAGUGUAUCAUUCAUCCAUUCACACACUGAUGAUGAUGAGCUACAAUGUAGCCACAGCUGCCCUGGGGCGCACUGACAGAGGCGCCCCACUAUUUCAGUCAUUUGUUAUUCUCUCAAUCCAUUACUAACCAAAACCUCAUGCUUUAUGCAAAACAUUAAAUGAUUUUCAGCGUACCAAUCUUUACAGAAAACAUAAAAGCCCUAAAAAACUGCACAUGAAAUAUAUUUAAAAAACAACAUUCACUUAUCACAGAGCAGUGGUUCCCAAACUUUUCAGCCUGACCAACAGAUGUUCCUUCGUAUUUUUACCUUAUUUAUAAAUUUUCAUUAUAUUUGGAAAGUUUUAAUUUAUAUAUAAAUAAAUAAAUCUCUUUGAAAAAUGUAUAUUUUACUUUUUCAUGAUUAUGUGGCACACUUGACUUCCAUACAUAACGCAUCGGCAUCUGCCUCUUUUUACUACAUUGUCGCUACGUCUGUCACGUUAGCGGUGUUAACCAUAGUUUCUACAUCCAUCACGUCCCAGAGAAGGUUAAACCAAUAUCAAACCCAACGUUUGGGGCUUGUAAACUCCACACACCUCUCGUGCAGCACCAGCUGUCUGAUGCUGCAGCAGCAUCGAUCUUCCCGGCUGGAUGAGUGAAUUUCUUCAUCAGAGUCAAUAUUCUGCUUCAUAAUCAGAGUCAGUCAUGACCAGAAAAAGUGAUCAGUCAACAAAGACCAGACCUGCCGGCAAUUAUACGUUUUAUCUAAUAUUUGCGCUCUUCAUGCUGCACAUAUCUCCUCCUCUCCCCGAUUGGGAGCCUCUCGGCGGGAGGCGUUUUUCAAGCUCUAAAAACUCCCAAACUUUGCUCAGCCUGAAGGUUACACAACUCCACUAUCUUCUGGUGUAAAGUAGUAACUUCAUGAGGGAUCAUAUUUGUAGAUGAGACUCGUUAAAGUCAGCUAUGAGGCUUUGGCGCUUAUAACGAGUAAGUCCCAACACUGACAACAACGUACUGAAACUAGAACCAACAUGCAUAAACAGACAGAUCGGUCCCGCCCACUUACACUGUUGGUCUAUUUUAAAUAAGCAGUAAUCGUUGCAUUUUUCACUUCAUCCUGCAUCCUAGCAGCAACCACUUUGGCGCCUCUGGAGUCAAGUGGUGCUCGCUGCAGAACCACAAAGGCGGAGCUGCACCAGAGUCAGUUGAGUUGAGAGGUUAAUUGAAUCGUUUUUGUAAAGGUUCCAUAUAAUUAAAAAUCUAACUUUUAGAACUUUUUAUCAUGUUAUAUUGUCGUUUCCUCAUAAGAAAUACGCCAAAGCCAUUUUUGGCCUCAUUCAUGCAUUUUCCUCCCAUCUCAGCUUCAAUUUGGUCCUCUCCGACGAAGCGGGUCUGGUCUUGGUUCUCAAAUCUGGAUAUUCUGUGAAUUUUCUGACAAAUUAUUUCUGAUAGGACUUCUACUGAGAUACCGCCGAAAAACCAUACAUCCCAUCUACAAAAACACACUAAAUGGCACAAUUACAUGUGACGCCACAUACUUGGUACCAGAUGUGGUGGUGAAGUGGUUGUGCAGUCAGCUUGACAUGUAGUUUUGCACAGGUUCGCCUCCCGGUAGCGGCGCAAACUUUUUUCUUCUUUUCUAGCAGAGGCGGCGUUACCAUUAGGCAAAGGUAGGCGAUUGCCUUGGGCCUCAAAAACUUUAAGGGCCCCAUGAUGAACACUUAACUAAUAUGUUUAAGGUAUUUUUCGCUCUGAAACGAGUGAACCCUGUCAUUGUAAAAAGCAUUGUAAUGAAUUGGUGUGAGACUGCUUUCUGUGAAAGUGUUUCAAUGUCCCCCGUUGCCCAGCUACAAUGGACUAUUCCAUCCACAACGUGUUACGAUGUUUACGGAUCAGCGGAGCUGCGGAAGCGAAGAAGUGGAUGUUUGAGAAGAAAAUGAAGCGAAGCUUUCCAAGUGGGUCUGAAAAACAUAAGAAGAAGGAAGAGAGCAAAAAGUUUGUGUCAACCCUGCCAAAGGUCACAGAUUUUUUUACGGUGCUACAGCAGAGUACCAAUAAAAGUCGCAAAUUUAAUGCGGCAAAUGAACAAGACGCUGCCGCUAGCAUUAGAGCUAGCAAUGCUAACACGUUUAGCGAAGUGGAGGAGCCUGUUGCUGGAAGCUCAAGUUGCGGGGAUGGGGAUAAUAAAAGGACCUCUCGGCAACUCGUGAGUAUCAGUCUUCUUAUUAACCAGUGUGCUAUACUCGAAGAUGACUCAGCACUCUGGCCAAAGGAGCUGACAGACAAAGAGCGCUGCUCAAUAGUGCAAAAAGGACCAGUUAAAGUGAAGGACCGAAGUUUUCCUAAAAAUCAAGAGGGGCGCAGAUUCACAGUUUCUAACUGUUACCUACAAAUGAGGAAUGGAGAAAAGAUUGCCAGGUCCUGGCUAAUGUACAGUGAAAGCAAGGACUGUAUUAUGUGUUUUUGUUGCAGCUUGUUCAGAGACAGAGACAAAAUCACUCAAUUAAGUGGGGAUGGUUUCAAUAACUGGAAAAAUGUUGCAGCCCAUUUGAAACAGCAUGAAAGAUCUACUGAACAUAUCACAAACAUGCAAACCUGGCAUGCACUGUUACAUAAACUACAAACAAACACAGCUAUAGAUCAGGUGAACCAAGAUCUAAUUGCUUUUGAAGUCAAUCGCUGGAAAGAGAUUUUAAAACGAUUACUUGCUAUUGUGAAUCAUCUAGCAGAGCGCAAUCUUGCAUUUCGUGGGCAUUCAGAAAAGUUGUUCGAGUCUGGAAAUGAAAAUUUCCUUGGGCAAGUGGAACUGAUGGCUCAGUUUGGCCCUGUCAUGCAAGAUCAUUUGAGACGAAUACAGAAAAAGGAGAUCAGUGACAGCUACUUAAGCAAGGACAUUCAAAAUGAGCUUAUUUCCCUUGUUGCAAAGUGCACAACUGAUGCAGUUGUAGAGAGAAUGAAAAGAGCCAAAUAUUAUGCAGUAAUUAUGGACUGCACCCCAGACCUCAGUCACAAAGAGCAACUGUCAGUGGUACUACGAAUCGUAAACUGUGAGCUCUCAAAAGGUGUCUCUGUUCAUGAGCACUUUGUUGGUUUUCUUCAGGCACAUGACACAACUGGAAAAGGUUUAUGCGAGUCAUUUUUAGGCCAUCUAGAAAAGCUAGACUUAGAUCUAUCCAACUGUCGAGGGCAGUCACAUGAUAAUGGAAGUAACAUGCAGGGGAAAAAGCAGGGAGUCCAGAAGAGAGUGCUGGAACUAAACAGCAAAGCAUUAUGUGUCCCAUGUGGAAGUCACACAUUGAACCUUAUUAUUGGUGAUGCAGCCAAGUCAUCUCUGACAUCCAUCAGCUUCUUUGGUCUAUUACAGCGGCUUUACACUCUGUUCAUCGUUGGACCAUUCUGAGGGAACACGCCAAGGACCUUUCAGUGAAGGCGUUAUCAACAACAAGGUGGGAGUGUCGGGUUGAAGCUGUUAAGGCUGUUCGCUACUAGCUACCUGAAAUUCUGAAGGCACUGACUGCUCUUAUGGAGUAUGCAAAAGAAAAACGGGAUGCUGAAGUUGUUUCAACAGCUGGAAGCAUCUAUCAAGAGAUGAAGAGAUGGCCUUUUCUGGUGAGUACCAUUGUGUGGUACAAUGUUUUGUUCCAGAUUAAUAAAGCAAGCAAGAUCUUACAGAGCCCCAAAGUUUCAGUGGAGACAAUAAGGAAUGAAAUCACAGCAGUGACAGAUUUCCUACAGGAUUUCAGAGAAUGUGGAUUCAACUCUGCUAAAACAGAUGCCAGGGAGAUUGCAGAGAGGAUUGAAGUGGAGAAGAACUGGCCAGAGGUGCAUCAGAGAACUAAAAAAAGACAGUUUGAGUAUGAGGGAAGAGAGCAAACCCAGCUAACUGCUGAAGAGCGCUUCAGAACAGAGUUUUUCCUGCAUCUUGUAGAUACAGCACUUGUCACUUUAAAGGAGAGAUUUUCACAAAUGGAAACCUUCUAUGAGUUGUAUGGGUUUCUCUACUGCACUGAGACAAUGAUAAAAACAGUGCAAGCAGGGAGACUGGAUGAAUGCUGCCACAGGCUGGAGCAAGCAAUGGAUGAUGUUGAUGCAGAGGACCUAAAGCUCGAGAUACAGAGCGCAGUUAGAGCCUACCCCAAACAUGUCUCAUCACCAUGUGAAGCGCUUGAUUACAUAUAUAAUGAGAAUAUCCUUGACAUCUAUCCAAAUCUGAGUAUAGCUCUUAGACUUCUACUUACUCUCCCUGUGACAGUGGCUUCAGGUGAGAGAAGUUUCUCUGCUCUAAAACUUAUCAAAACAUACCUCAGAUCAACUAUGUCACAAGACAGGCUAUCUGCACUUGCUGUUAUCGCCAUUGAGCGUAAUGUCAGGAAAUCACUGGAUAUGGAAUCAGUGAUGACACGAUUUGUGGAGGCCAAAGCUCGCAAAGUCAGAUUUUAGAAAGGCUCUGACAUAAAAAUAUACUAAGAAAAGACAGAAAACGUGGAAAUAAGAGGCAAAGGAAAUCUACAAAACUCAAGAAACAGGGAAAGGAGAGAAACAAGAUGAUUAAAGGAGCAGAGGAGGAGGAGGAGGAGAGAAAGAAACUAUCUACAAAGCUCAAGAAACAGGGAAAGGAGAGAAACAAGAUGAUUAAAGGAGCAGAGGAGGAGGAGAGAAAGAAACAAAGCAUUCAAGGGCAAGACUCAGAAGAGAGAGAGAAGGAAAAUAAAAGCAAAGGUAGAAAAUGGUAACUUUGACAUGGUUAUGUAAUUUUUUUCUGUAUCUCCAUAUUUAACCAUUUUGUCUUAUGUUUUAUUGCUUCCUUUAGUGAAAGCAGACCAACUAAGGCAGGAGAUAGAGGUGUUUCACCAGAGAAAAUGAGAAAGAAGAGAAUAAAUGCAGUUCCAGAGAUUCUUCACAUCAGUUCCAUCCAAGACUGGACCAGUGAAGAAGUUAUUCAUUCUUUUUGUAGUAAGAAUAAAAAAACAAAAAUCAGAACAGCUGUGGAGGGCCUCAUGUCUUUGCUUGCCUUGGGCCCCCAAAUUGCUAAAUCCACCCCUGUUUUCUAGCUACACUUGCCAGUACUAUGUUUUUAACCAUUUAUUGGUAUACCAUUUAAAAUAUAAUGACUAAUGUGUUUUUUUAUUUUAUUUAUUUG